AUGGAAAUGACACCUUUAAGGGUUUCUUAUAUAUUCCAGUAUAACAGCAGUUUACAACAUAUAUACGACAACAGGGAGCGUCAUUUGGACAAGAUUACUAAAAUUAACUAUAUAUUAUUCGACUUAUUCGUGGAUAUAUGGAAUAUGACUCACCUUAAGAUUAUUACAAAGGAAUAUGGCAUGGAAAUGGAUCCCGUAAAGAAAUUCUAUAAAGGAAUGUUAGGUGAUAUUUAUACUGGCAGAGCUGAUAUUUCAGGUACUUUAGCUUUCACUCCCAAAGAACGUUUUCAGUAUUUUCAAUUCUUGGUCAACACCAUAAGAGGGCUGUCACUAAACUUUAUCUUUAGAGCCCCACCUCUACCUUAUACAUCAAACUUGUUCGCUCUACCUUUUAACAAAUACGUUUGGUACGCUUGCGGCUUGAUCGUGAUUUUGUGCUGUUUGGCCAUCAGAGUGAUCAUGAAAUGGGAAGAAAAAGCACAAACAUAUAUGAAUGAACGUGAAAAAUUUGGAGAGGAUGUGCCUAGUUUCAUGGAUAUUGUAAUGAUGCAGAUUGCUGUAGUCUGCCAAAUGGACUAUUUCCACGAACCUAGAAGCGCUGCGGGUAAAAUUGGAACAUUUACUCUACUCAUCACAUUCAGCUAUAUUUACACAGCAUUUUGUGCUAGGAUAGUCAUCCUUCUGCAAUCAACAUCUGAUAAUUUGAAAGAUAUGCGGGCAUUGUACGAUUCAAACAUUAAAAUGGGAGUUGAAGAUUUGAGUUACAAUAAAUUUUACUUCAAGGCAAGUUCCUUUCAAUUCUCUAAAGCGUAUUAA